CCACGGCUCUCCACUACUGCAGUCGAGACCACACACUGCGGGUAGGUCUACGACGCUACGGCCUGAUUACGGGUACGGGUGGUGUCGACCGGUCCGUGGUCAUGUAGAUCCACCCCACAUUCCCAUGUCACUCCAAGUCCAAGGCAAUAUCCAUGAUAUCAGGCUGGGCACUGGGGCAGGCAUACCGACUCCGAAUGUCUGACUCAGCCAGUGGCCGUGACGAGUAAUUUCAUUACGACAUUAGCCCAGGUCGUGGGCUUGUCACCUCCUUAGUCAUUGGAUGGUUGGGCUAUGAGUGAGUGAGUCUGUGGAUUUCAUUUUGCAGGAGUAUUCUCACUGCCAUUGGUGGGUGGACACACGGUGGAGUAAGCGCAUCAGCUCGUUCGUUAGAUCACCCUGGCAAGUGUUGUAGCGUCAAUAUUCUGCUCUCAGUUUGCAUUUGCACCAGCUUAGCGGUCGGGAACUCUUGGUACAUGGUAGAUUGGGAAUAGUGCAAGAGAGAGGGAGAGAGCUGCUUGCAUAAUUCAGUGAUUGUUCUAGUGAACGGUAAAUUUUGCGUUACGAACCCGACGACACCCACGUAUGCAGCGAAUCGUGUUCUCACCCAUCUUCACCCUCUGCCAUCCCUACAGCCUUGUUACAUUAUUCUCCCCAGUUUCAUCACGAUAGUCCCCAGACUACACUUAUUAGUCAGUCUGCGCACUGAUAAAAUCCUGUAUGAUUGAUUGAUUCAAGGGCAAGAGCCCCGAGCAAUAGCCUAGGCCUCAGAUUUCUUCAUCUCGACAGUCCUCCACAGCAUUCACGCUGGGAAGCAACUCUUGGUAUCACGGACUGAUUGUGUUCAGUAAUACUACUAGGCUGUUGAUGGUUCUGUCAAUAUGUGGAGUUGGCUGGAUCGGCUUGGACUGCUGCUCGCCUUAUACUGUGCGGUAUUACUAAUCAGCAGUAGGAGCUGUGCAAGGGCAGCAUCCACACCGCCGACCAGCAGUAGUGUUUCCUCUAUCCAGUGCUCACCAGGGUGUCGUGCUGGAGACUGUGAUGGUACUACAGGAAUAUGCUAUAGGUGUGACGGGACCGCUAACUAUGUACACAUUCCCAGUGGUGUAUGUAGCGCCAGUUGCCCGCUAGGCAAGGCAGAGAGCCGCAUCUACACGGGACCAAAGACUUUCUACGGACUUGUCUGCACUGCCGAUGCAACUGGUGUUUCACCAGUGCCGUCCACACAAUCCAGUGCGGGACAGCCGGCUUCAGGUGGUAAUCCAGUGGUGACAAGUGCGGCGGGCGAUGGCACCAGCGGCCUCUCUGGAGCGGCCACUGGUGGCAUCAUUGGUGGAGCGGUCGGCGUGUUGAUCAUUGCGGCCGGUGUGCUGUUUGUGGUGUACUUCUACCGCAGUCGCAGAGAGCUGGCGCUGACGGAAGCAUCGGCACAUGUCAAUAUGAGAGAGCUGCGACAGGCGCCUAGUAACUCUAACUUGCGUGGACAACGAGGAGCACGGCAACCUAUGGGUGGCAUAGAGGAAGAGGAGACGGAAACGGCAGCCGCAAGCGGCAACAAUGCGCCGGAUUCCGGACCAUCCGGGAACACUGCUGCGGCACUCUCCCCGGGACGGCGCCCGGCUCAGAAGCGUGUGGAACUGUCGUCCGAGGAGAGAGACACGUUCUUUGCCAAGCUGGAUGAGAUACGGCCCAACGUCGCCACGCUGCUAGAGAUACUGAAUGCCACCAACAAAGCUCGACGAAAAACGGCAGACAAGGAGGAGGGAAUGAAAUUCAAGCUUGCUAUGGAUGACAUGGCAGCAGUGCUGCGCUUGGCAAACCGCAAGCCCACCAAAGUCACCAUACCUGACAAUGGUGUACAGCUGGUCACCUGGGCCGCCGGUCUUAUAGCCUCCUAUAAACAGUCACAAGCAGAGACUGAGGUGGCUGAAGGCCUGUAGUCAGUGUAGAGCGGAGGGUGCGUCAAUCUGGACACGGUCAGUACCAGUCACAUGGGCAUGACGGGACAAGCACGGAUACCACCCUGGUUGCUCCUGUCACGCAAGCCUGGCUGCAAGCAAACGCGUUGGUGUUGACUGCUCGACGCGCUCGUUGUGGUUUCCCCUCGUGAACGCAUACUGUACCGACGUGGCCAUUGUGCCUUCCAUGUAUAAUAAAGUACUCCAGUACGGUUUGCGCACGCACCGGUACUACCAUGUACUAGCUUCCGGCAGCCAGUGUAGCAGGCAUAGUGCUGCCUGUAAUCUUUUUCUCUCUCAUGUUGUCUCUCUCUCUUUUCUCCAUCUAUGUUUCUCUCUCUCUCUCUCCUCUGUAAGUGUGUGCUCCUGACAUGUGUGCACUGUCACACCCCUCACAACAAGAUGAAUCAUAGUUUUUAAUUAACGCCUUACCCUGGUCAUUGAAGCCAUAGCUCCGGCCCAUGCACGAUAUGUGCAAAAGAACUCUUCAUCUGCAGGGAGCAAAACAGUUCUGAGACAGAAUGCCUAUUUCUUGUAGCCAUCAUCCUCCUCUCUUUCUCUCUCCUUCUUUUUAACUUUGUCAGCGGAUCAGCAUUUCCUGAUGAAUCAUGAAGAAUCUGUGGACCAUAUUAGGACUCCGAGUUAUAUAUUUUCCUUUUUAUUACUCAGUCGAAGUAGACACCUUUAUGUAUAUGAAGCCAGCAAACCCUCGCCCUCUCUCUCUCUCUCUCUCUCUCUCUCUCUCUCUCUCUCUCUCUCUCUCCAUUGCUCUGGCUCCACUGCGGAUUCUUGUGGCGGGUCAUGCGUAAUUAGUCUUGCCCGUGCCGGAAAGGAGCACUAGUAACUUGUUAGCUGACUGUUGCUCACAAGAUUCAUUUGUCUUCCGUAGUAUGUGCAUAGCUUGAAGUAGGAAAUUGGUCUUCGGCUGAUGGUCGUGUGUCUCAAGUACCAUUCGCAUUGCAUUCUCACUCUAUGAGUUGAAUC